AUGAGUCGUGAACAUGGGUUUUGGAGGGUCCCCUUUCAGAUUUCAGGGGCUUCAUAUUGCUCAUUGGUUCGUGGCAAGUGGUGGCACUAUUAUGCUUCCAGUGUAACGCUGCUUGAAAUUAGCAAGUGGCCAGUUUUAGCUUGUCUUGCACCUAAUCUAAAUUACCUUUUGCUACACAAGAAUCUGCUGGCCCCUAAAAGAGAUGCAAAGUCAUGUGUUCGAAGGCCUCAUGUGCCUGGGCUCAAUACUUUCAUGUGUGGUGAGGAUGUUUGUGGCGGUCAUUUCUGUUUGAAUAGCUGCCUGUUGCUGCAAUCAUACAAACAGUACGAACAACCAAUCCAGUUGCUUUCUGUUUAG